CUCUUUUCCUCCAUUAGCGUGCUGAACUGUUAUAGCUUCAUCUGCCCCAUUGCCGUGGCUUGAGCUUACUGAUUGAAUCGGUGGUAGCAUUUUCCUCUCCUAUAAGUUUUGUAUAUCUUCGCUGCUUUUGGAAUGAGAAAACGAUGCAAAAUUCUAUGAAAUUCACGCAUAAGGGUGCAAGAGAGUUUCUUUAUGGAGUUUUUGAAGUUGUCAUCUAUCGUUAGUCUUCAGUUGUGAGAGAUUUUCCUCAUGACCUCAGCCUUCACACUUCAUUCAUCUCGCUGGUCUCCCUCACUUCGUUCAUCAACAGUGUUUCUCCCUCUCGGUGCCGUCUCUUUACUCAUUAUCCGUCUCACUCAUCUCAGCAGAUUCCAAGAGUGUUUUAAUUACAUCUUGAAUUGAGACAAAAAGAUGAAUGCCCCAUCAAGUCCAUCUCUUCAUGAUGAUGAAGACAAUAAUGAAGAAGUUUUUCUGGAUGAGUCUGACAUCAUCCAGGAAGUUGCCUUGGACAAUGAAGAUCUUCCUGAUGCAGAUGAGGAAGAAUCUGACAUGGAGCAAGUUGAGGAGCCUGAUGAUUCUGUGCACAUCUUCACUGGUCAUUCUGGAGAAUUAUACGCAGUUGCCUGUAGCCCAACAGAUGAAACACUGGUUGCAACUGGGGGAGGUGAUGACAAAGGGUUUCUUUGGAGGAUUGGCCAAGGAGACUGGGCUUCUGAACUUCAAGGUCAUGGAGAUUCAGUAAGCAGUUUAGCUUUUAGCAGUGAUGGGCAGUUGCUUGCAUCAGGAAGCUUGGAUGGAGUUGUUCAAGUCUGGGAUGUACUUGGAAAUCACAGAGGUUCUCUGGAAGGUCCUGGAGGGGGAAUUGAGUGGCUUAGGUGGCAUCCAAGAGGACACCUACUAUUAGCUGGUUCUGAGGAUUCCACCGUUUGGAUGUGGAAUGCUGAUAGAGGUGCCUUUCUUGGUACAUUUGCUGGCCAUGGUGGUAGUGUAACCUGUGGUGAUUUCACUCCUGAUGGGAAAAUAAUAUGCACUGGUUCUGAUGAUGCUACUAUGAGAAUAUGGAACCCCAAAAGCGGAGAAAACCUUCAUGUUGUGCGGGGUCAUCCAUAUCAUACUGACGGGCUGACAUGCAUGUCGAUAAGUUCAAGUUCAACUCUUGCACUUACUGGUUCUAGGGAUGGAUCUGUCCACGUUGUGAAUAUUUCUACAGGGAGAGUUGUUAAUUCACUGGUUUCUCAUUCUGAUUCCAUCGAAUGUGUUGGGUUUGCACAGAGUGACUCUUGGGUGGCAGCUGGAAGCAUGGAUAAUAAACUUGUGAUAUGGGAUAUAGAGCAUUCAUUAACCCGAAGCACUUGUGAUCAUGAGGAGGGAGUGACAUGUUUGUCAUGGCUUGGUGCUUUCUAUGUGGUAACUGGUUGUGUGGAUGGAAUUGUGAGAGUGUGGGAUAGCCGAUCUGGUGAAUGUGUGAGAACAUUCAGGGGGCACGCUGAUGCCAUUCAAUCUCUUUCUCUAUCUGCUACUAAAGAUUGCGUUGUUUCUGUCUCAAUUGAUGGUACUGCUCGUGUUUUUGAAGUUUCAGGGCUUCUAUAGAGCAGUCUCAUGUAUAAUUUAUGGGUCUGCAGGUUUCAAAUCUUAUUAAAUGAUCGGGAUUUUAAAUCUGAUCCCACAUAAUGGGAUAAGGUUUUUUUUGUUGUUGAAGUUUCAAAUAUUUAAAAAGUAACUGGGUGUGGGUCUUAUGCGUUGCAUUUUUUAUAAAUUAAACGAGUUGUUCAAUUUUUUGCAUAUGAUUGAUGUAGCUUGCUAUGGAGAAUUACUUUAAAGUCUCCCACAACACAUUUAAAUGGCACAAGAUCAAUUGACAAGAUAUCAAUGGACCUUGUGGUAUUUAAGUAUGUUGGGGGGGGGGUUUGCGUGUAUUUCUCUGUAAAUUUUAUAAUUAUAUUGAUAAUUUUGUAUUUUA